AUGAGCAAAAAUAAUUCUACUAUCACAAGUAACUAUGCUUCUGUAUUUUUCUUUCUUCUCUAUUUUGUAACCAUACUUGACAUGAACAUAGCUAAUGAGGUUGUGCCAACGUUAUACAUAUUUGGUGACUCAACAUUUGAUGUUGGAACCAACAAUUAUCUUAACUCUAGAACAAAAGCAAACAGCCCUUAUUAUGGGAUUGAUUUCCAUAACUCAUUUCCCACAGGAAGAUAUAGCAACGGUCUCAACGUUGCUGACCAAAUUGCUAGACGAUUUGGUUACAAGAAAAGUCCACCAUCGUUUUUGGAUUUGGAGAAACUUCAAUACAGUUUCAAACACAAUAUUAUGUUAGGUGUGAAUUUUGCAUCAGGUGGAUCAGGAAUUCUUAGAUAUACAGGCUACAAAAAAUGGGGAGAAGUGAUUUUCCUUGAAAAGCAGGUGCAACAAUUUUCAUUAGUGAGUGAAAAUAUCACUAAGAUAUUAGGGCUAGCAGAAGCAAAUAGUUUUGUUUCAAAGGCUUUGUUUCUCAUUAGCAUUGGUAGCAGUGACAUCUUCGAUUACGAACGAAAUGAAAGUGGAGUAUUUCAUUUAGGCAAGGAAGAAAAUUUAGCUCUUCUACAACUAAACUACUACACUUAUAUAAAGAAACUAUAUGAAUUAGGGGCUCGAAAAUUUGGGAUAUUAAGUGUUCCACCUAUAGGGUGUUAUCCUGCAGUAACUUCUAUCAAUGGAGGGAAUUGUGUGAAGCCGUUAAAUUAUUUUGUUGUUGCAUUCUAUAAAGCAACUCAAACUCUUCUGCAAAAGCUAAGCUUCGAGUUGGAAGGAUUCGAGUAUUCACUUGGCAACACUUAUGCAAUGUUCAAAACUAUGUUAAAAGAUCCAUUGGCCUUUGGGUUGAACGAUACAAAAUCGGCAUGUUGUGGAAUUGGAAAGUUGAAUGGAGAGGGACCAUGUUUGAAAGGCUUGAAAGAAAAUCAUUGUGGAUUUGGAAUGUUGAAUGAAGAUGAUUUGCUAGUGAAAUCCUUGAAUAACAAACUUUGGGGAAUAAGAAAGUUCUAUAGAGAGGAUCCUUGCAUAAAAACUUUGAAUAUUAGUCUUUGUGUGAAUCAUGAUGAUCACUUAUUUUGGGAUUGGUUGCAUAUCACUGAGAGAGCUUCGGAGGUGAUAGCUAAAAUGGUAUUUGAGGGAGGGGAUAAGUUUGUAUUUCCAAAGAGUUUAAGUCAAUUAGUUUCUUGA